UUCUCGUUGUGCAAAGGUCAAACUGAGGGGACUAGAAAUCCAACUUCAACCCUUCAACCACUCCAUACUAACCUCAACAGCAAAGAUUCUCGACCAUCAACUACGCCCUCGUUCAAGAUGGUCAAUCUACGCACUCAGAAGCGCCUCGCGGCAUCCGUCAUUGGAUGCGGUCAGCGCAAGAUCUGGCUCGACCCCAAUGAGGUUAACGAGAUCUCCAACGCCAACUCUCGCCAGACCAUCCGAAAGCUCGUCAGCGAUGGCCUCAUCAUUCGCAAGCCCGUUACUAUGCACUCUCGAUCCCGCGCCCGCGAGCUCAACCUUGCCCGACGAGAUGGCCGACACCGAGGUUUCGGUAAGCGAAAGGGUACCGCCGAUGCUCGCAUGCCUCAACAAGUUCUAUGGAUGCGACGUCUCCGAGUCCUCCGACGUCUCCUAGUCAAGUACCGUGCCAGCGGAAAGAUUGACAAGCACCUUUACCACGAGCUGUACCACUCCAGCAAGGGUAACGCCUUCAAGCACAAGCGAGCAUUGGUUGAGCACAUCCACCGCGCCAAGGCUGAGAAGGCCCGCGAGCGCGCUCUCCAGGAAGAGAUGGACGCCAAGCGACAGAAGAACAAGGCCGCUCGUGAGCGCAAGUUGGAGAGACAGACGGCGAAGCGAAACGCGUUGGCUGGUGAGGAGGAGACGGCAUAGAGGGAUGACAAUAGGAUGCGUUGACAUAUGCGCACGAUCUAGCUACGUAGAAGAGCUUGAGGUGUCGUCAUAUGAACUACCGGAAUCUGAGACGGCUGCAUUCGGAGUAUUUGGUUGGGUCUCUAUUUCCUUGCGCCCUUCGGUCGUAAUCCUUCCACCGCCGGGCUUUGCAUUUGAUGGCAUUGAAAACGGAAUCAAUGAUCUUGACACCUGUCUUUUCCAGUCUUCUUUUAAGUGAAGCUGCCGUGUUGUGAUAAUGCCAAAUCAUUACAACUACCUACUCUUGCACAUCCUUGUAACAGGCAGCACAGUAUGUAGCAUCUUGCAUCACAAGACUAACAACCCUAAUAAAUACUUCGAUGAAAAAAAU